UUGUUCUCUUCUUUCUCGUUCUCUCCUCACCUGUCCUCUCCUCCUCCAGUCGAGAUGGCAAUGAGCAGCAUCCUCAACGCUGACGACAUCAAGAAGGCUCUGGACGCAUUCGCAGCGGCCGACUCGUUUGACUAUAAGAAAUUCUUCGAGAUGGUGGGUCUGAAGUCCAAGUCCUGCGAUGAGGUGAAGAAGGUCUUCACGGUGCUGGACGCUGACAACAGCGGCUUCAUAGAGGAGGAAGAGCUCAAGUUCGUCUUGAAGGGUUUCGCCAAGGAUGGACGAGACCUGUCGGACAAAGAAACCAAAGAAUUUUUAAGAGCAGCCGAUAAGGACGGAGACGGCAAAAUCGGAGUGGAUGAAUUUGCUGCUCUUGUGAAAGAAUAA